AUGCUCGUUCAAUCCUCGUGCGUGCAGUCGGUGCAAGGCGAAAGACGUGCAUCUGGAAGUUCCAUUAGAGGCAAAGGCAGCAAGGACAACAAUUCACAAAAAGGCCACACGGCCCGCAGCUUCACGCUAAAGGAACUUGCUCGGGCCACUGAGGAUUUCCGAGAAGCAAAUUUAAUUGGUGAAGGCAGUUUUGGUAGCGUGUACAAGGGCUACCUAGAAUCCGGGAAGAUUGUUGCAGUGAAGCAGCUCAAUCUGGAAGGCUUUCAGGGGAAUCAUGAAUUCAUAGUGGAAGUUCUCAUGCUUAGCCUUCUCCACCACCCAAACCUCGUCAACUUGAUCGGCUACUACACGGAUGGCAACCAGAGGCUGCUCGUUUAUGAGUUCAUGCCUAUGGGCAGCCUUGAAAAUCACUUGUUUGGUGCAGCCCGUGAUAGUUCCAUGCAGCAGGAAGGCACACCAAUGAAGAAUAACUGCAGCACACCAAUGAAGAAGACGGCUAGCCCUCCACCUUCCACCAAACCUUCUCAUUUCACACCAUUUUGUCAAUAA